CAGAAUCUGAGCAGCGUGAUGGACGCCAGCGGUCACUGCGUCUGCACUGUCAUCCUGCCCGACGACACCUUCCCCCUGCAGCGGAUCGAGCUGCUGGAGAUGUCGGCCCGCAACCUGACCUUCCGCGUGCACUGGGAGAUGAAGAAGCUCCAGGAAUACGGGCAGCGCCUGGCAUGGUACGAGGCCAAGCUGCAGAAUGCCAGCCGCCGGCUGCAGCUGCUGGAGGUGGGCAACCUGACCCCCACCGAGCUGGCCUUCCAGGAGCUGCGGAAAGAGAUCGGUGAGAUGGAGUCCUUCGUGGGCCACCUCCGCUCCUCCCUUAAUGGGAGCGACACCACGGUGGAGGUGGUGCACCGGGAGCUCCAGAACAUGUCGGUCACCGUGAGCGCCCUGGAGUCCUACGACAAGAACCAGGUGGUGGCCAUGAGGCGGGAGCUGACCAUGCUCAAGCAGCGCUUGGAGGACUGUCAGAAGGGCAAGCCCCUGGUGGGACGGCAGCCGCCAAUCGGCACGUGCAACCACCAGGGGAUCUGGCGCAUCAGCAAGCCCUCAGUGGUGCAGCUCAACUGGAGGGGCGUGAGCUACAAGGAUGGGGCCUGGGGCAAGGAGUCAUCCCUACGCGCCUGGCAGAAGAAGCGCUACUGGGUGGCCCCCCUGAACCUGGACGGCCGGCGGCUGGACUCGGUGCGUCUCUACCGCUCCUACCAGGACCUGCUGCUGUCCCGGAACCCCACGGAUCAGCUGAUCCCGGGCUUCGGGCAGGGGGCCGGGCUGGUGCUGUACAAUGGCUCCUUCUACUACAACUGCUACAACGCGCGGGACCUGUGCCACCUGAACCUGGAGAGCGGGGCCGUGGACCGCAAGGCGGUACCCAACGCCACCUUCAACAACCGCUUCUCCUACGCGGGCACCAGCUGGCAGGGCCUCGACCUGGCCGCGGACGAGAGUGGGCUUUGGUUGCUGUACACCACCGAGCGCAGUGAAGGCAACAUCGUCAUCGGCCGCCUCGGCCCCAGCUCGCUGGCCCUGGAGAAGACCUGGCAGACCUCCCAGUACAAGCCGGCGGCCACCAACACCUUCAUGGUGUGUGGGGUAAUGUAUGCCACCCGGGCGGUCAGCACCCGGCGCGAGGAGAUCUUCUACGCCUACGACACCCACACGGGCCAGGAGAGACGCCUCAGCCUGCCACUGGAGAAGGUGACGGACGUGGUGCGGUCGCUGAGCUACAACCCUGGUGAUCACAAGCUCUACAUGUACAGCGAUGGCUACCUGCUUAGGUACAACGUCCUCUUCCGGCCCUAGCACCCGGCUGUAGGGCCAGCGCCCAGCGCAGGGGGGCCUCCUGCCGUCUCCAUUCCCUCCGUCCCUCCUCCGUCCUCUCUCC